AUGACGAACCAACAAAGAUCAACGUAUCCGGCAAAUAACCUUGCUCCAUUACCACCUCCACUGAAAAGUAAUGUUGGACCUUUGUACAAUCGUGAACAUGUUUUUGAGCGAGAAACUUACAAUUCCGCUUUUUCACACGACCGUGAAUACUUUCACAGAGAUAGAAAAGUAGGAUAUCAAGAUCAACGACAAAAUCAUUAUGGUGGAGGUGGGAGGGGUCGUUAUUACCGGGGACACAACCAGAAGAAUUGGGGUGAUGAUCGAGGACACUUGAGAAACGGUUGGCAAGGUACAGCGCAUAAUGAUCACCACAGGUCACGGAAUUAUAGGUCACCUCCAAAG